AUGUUCUCCUGGAUCUCAAGCGGUGUCUCCGCUAUCCUCCAUAUCGUUUCAUGGAGUUUCCUCUGGAAGCGUCGCGGCUUGAAGCCCCAUCACCUUACCACUCUUCAACUAUCCCUCUUCCCAAAUCUACUCCUAGCCGUGUGUCUCGCCACGCUUCAACCGUCCUUCCACUUCACCAACUCCACCGUCUCCCUCUCCACCGAUGCCACUGCUAUCCCAUUCCCCCAAUCGCACCCGAUCGUCGAGAUGUCUCUAAUCGGUGCCAAAUCCAUCGCUAUCAUUAUGAAAACUUCGGAGCAUGUUAAUGUGAUGGCGGAGUACAAAAACUUGAAUAGUUGGUACAUUCGAUCGCUUUACUCGGCAUGCCCAGUGCUUGCCGGUCUCUUUUUCGGAGGUGCAAGCGGUUUUUCGAUCUCUGACUCAGGCCUCGGUCCCGGAGCCAUCACCAUGUCAAACUCCUGGCCAGCCUGGCUUAUGGUACUCUUGCUCUUCAUAGUUAUUGUUAUCGCUAUCUCAUAUACCAUUUAUAUAUACCUCACUUUGAAGGAUGUACUCAAAAACAAAAACCUCCGAACCUCCCUUCUCUACUCGAGCCUUUUCGAGCUUUGGCUCACAAUGAGCACUUUCUAUAUCCCUUUCACCAUCUGCCUUCUGCUCACCACGCUAUUCAAUGUGUCGAGUGACUGGCUCGGGCUCUAUUUCACAGUGAUCCAUGGGAUGUCCCCGAUUGUCGAGGCCAUUGGCAGUUUUGCCAUCAUUUUUGGAAAGCUCGGUGGAUGCAUUGCAAAAUGGGGUGGUGUCUCUCUAAACUCUGUGCUACAGUAUCCGGUUUACUGUACUCAGUAUCGGCUACAGUAUCCUCAACGGUCUAUCGCUUCCUCUGCUUACGGUAUCUGUAAGCCCCGCCCAUUCCAGAUGGAAUCGGUCAUCCAAUCCACAGCCACUAUUGUCUUCAUGGUGGUCUCCGUCACCUACUUCGUUUAUCUGACGAUUGCGAAAAAAGGAAAAACACCACGCCUACCAAAACAGGAUGCAUUGGUGACCAACGCAAUCCCAAAUCUUGCCACUUUGGGAUAUGUGGGACUGAUUUGGCUGGUACAGCCGACCGCAUUCUUCCAAAACCACAGUUUCUUCCUCCUGGCACCCAGCACCAUCUUCCACCAUCGCUUCACUCAACUCCUCCUCAUCACCAUCCUCCUCUACCCCUCCCUCAAGCCACUCAUCUGCCUAUGGAGAAUGGCAGAGCACCGGCAUUCAAUCAACCAAUGGAAUCGGAAGGAUCAACUUCUCACAGGGAGUGUCCUGGCUUCAAGUGCUCUUCUUAUCACUUCCUCCUUCGGAACCUUCUGGAUCUCCAACGGCGUCCAACUCCUGGACGCCAACCGCCUCUCUAUCGCUGCUGAACGCAACCAGGCCAUCGAUGCCUUCCCUAUUGUGGGCUUUGCGUAUGGGGAAUACAACAUCGUGUCGAUUGUUCUAAUGGGAUGGAGCUUGCUAUUGAGUCUCGGAUAUACCAAAGUGCUCUAUACCUUGGCAACCCAUAAGGAAAGUCCGAAGAAGUCACGGCAAGCCCUCAUCGCCGGUGGGCUCUUCGAGAUUGUCUUUCAUGGGAUCACCGUUUUGGCUCCAGUCGUGGUGUUGGUCCCGCUAUCCGUCUAUUCUGGUAUGGAAAUCAAGAUCAGAGAGGCUUUUGGUGUUUGGAUUGUUGUGAUAAGUGCCUUGGAGGCAGUUGGAUCGUUUUUGGUGGUGUGGAAGGUUUUAAAAAAAAAAGGUCAGGUCAAUCCACAAAUGGAAAUGUGGGCAACGCCAUCUUCGCGGUGGAGCGAAACUGUGUUGUAG